AUGGAGUUAUCCGAUAUCCAACCCGACAAGCAAUCGAAUCCAGCAGUUGAGCCGCUGGAAGAUCUCGUCACAGAAAAAACAUUGAAUGAAGAGUCUAGGCUUCCCCAGAAGUCGCAAGAUGAGACGGAAGACCUAGACGAUGAUUUGAUCAGCAUCCAGACUGAAACAGACAUUCUUCUUCCCAUAGAGAAAAAUUCAGAGAUUCCUGUUCAGGAGCACAAGCUCGGGCUUGAUAUUAACGCGAUUCGCGGUUGGUCUGGCUCACAAUACGACGACUACGAUGUUAUUGCCGUUCAUGGUAUACGCGAUGACUAUAAAACCGCCUGGAUGGACAAGAAGGGUGGUUGGGUCUUGAAAGAGAGAUUGUUUAAAGGCCUGUCAAUCAGGGAGAUUGAUUACUCUUACGAAAUUGACCAAAACUCGAUACUGUAUCGACAGAAUGGAAUUGAUAUUCUCGCUGAAAGUCUUCUCGACAGCUACGCAAAGGAGCGUGAGCAUCUGGCUGGAACAGAAACUGACCGACCGAUUAUUUGGGCGUGCCACGACAUUGGAGGAACAAUCGUCAAGCAGGCUCUUUUCAUAGCUUCACAGAACGUCGCGAAGUACGGCAAGAUAUUCAUGCAUACCACCGGCAUAGUGUUCAUUGGCACUCCACAUCGAUUCAAAUCGCACCAUGAUGCCCUGGAUCAGAUUUAUCAACUUUUAUUCCUUCCAGGGCCUGACAUCCAGAGAGGGGUUUCAAGGAUAGUGGAACAUCUAACAGAACAGAUAUCAUUGACCAACAAGCAAUUUGUCACCACUAAGCUGUUAGACAGAGCUUGCAUCUUCAACAUCAUAUCCCGGAGUAUCACCGAUAGCCUGACAGAAAUAGCUGAUGGACGCAACUACGACAAGGUUAGAGCCUGGAGUAAGGCGACAGUAACUCCGUUUCACAGAUAUUCACACUUUAUCGGGCAUUCGUUCGAAUCAAGUGGAAGAGUACACCAACGCACUGUUAACCACCUUGACCUUAUCCGCGAUGAGGGGUGUUCAGCGCUAGAAAGCUUUUCCAAACGAUUCGAAAUGACUGGAUUUAGUAAAUGA